UCUGUCUGGGCAGGGCUUUUCUUCUCUUCUCCGGCUGAGCUCCCGUGUUCCUUCCCGAGGGAGGGGGACAACGCGGGGCCUUGUGGGGGCUGGAGGCGGGACCCAGGAAGGAGGAGGAGGAGGAGGAACCGAGGAGGAGGGCUGAGGAAGGCGACUAGAGGCGCCUGCUUGCCGGGCUGCGCGCUGCUGCUGCUGAACCGGGGCGCCGGUGCCGGCGGCCAAUGCGCAAUUGGCUGGUGCUUCUGUGCCCGUGCGCCGUCGGGGUGGUCCUCCACCUCUGGCUGCUCCUCCUCAGCUGCCCGGCCGGGGGACCCGGGAAGAAGCAGCAGUACAGGCAGCAGCAGAGGCAGGCGGCAGGUCUACUGGCUUUCUUUCCUCACUGGAAACCAAAACAUUAUGAUGUCAUUGUUGGGGUGCUGUCGGCGCGACAUAAUGAGGGGCUGCGGAACACUAUAAGGAACACUUGGCUCAGGCAUUUGAAGCAACACCCAGGACUUAGCCAACGUGUCCUUGUGAAGUUUAUAAUUGGUGCACAUGGAUGUGAUGUGCCAGUCGAAGAUAGAGAAGAUCCAUAUUCUUGCAGACUUCUGAACAUCACUAACCCAGUUCUGAAUCAAGAAAUCGAAGCAUUCAGUUUGCCAGAGGAUGAUACUUCCAUGCUGUCAGAAGACAGAGUUGUCAGUGUGCAUUUCAAAAUCCUCUACCCAAUCGUUAUCAGAAGUCUUGGGGUAUUUUAUGAUGCUAAAGGUUUAGGAUUCCAGAGAAACAUCACAGUGAAACUGUACCAGGCAGAACAGGAGGAAGCACUUUUUAGUGCUCGUUUUAGUCCACCUAGCUGUGGAGUGCAAGUGAACAGACUUUGGUACAAACCUGUGGAACAGUUCAUUUUACCUGAGAGUUUUGAAGGUACGAUUGUAUGGGAGAGUCAGGAUCUACAAGGCCUUGUUUCUAGAAAUCUUCAUAAAGUGAUGGUGAAUGAUGGUGGAGGUGUCUUCAGAAUUAUUACGGCAGGGGAAGGAUCCUUGCCUCAUGAAUUUACACAAGGUGUGGAGGGAAUCGCAGGAGGCUUUAUUUACACAAUUCAAGAAGGAGAGGUGCUUUUGCAAAGCCUGCAGAGUCGUCCAGAGAGAUUUGUACAAUAUAUAAACAAACUUGAAGAGGAAGAUGCCUUACUGAAGGAAGAAAGCAACACUUACGAUGAUAUUGUUUUUGUUGAUGUUGUUGAUACCUACAGAAAUGUUCCAGCCAAAUUACUGAAUUUUUAUCGAUGGACAGUUGAAGCAGCAAGUUUUGAUGUAUUACUGAAGACAGAUGAUGACUGCUACAUUGAUUUGGAGGCAGUGUUCAACAGAAUAAAGCUUAAAAACUUGGGCAGACCAAAUACUUGGUGGGGAAAUUUCAGACUAAAUUGGGCAGUCGACCGGACUGGGAAAUGGCAAGAGCUGGAGUACCCAAGUCCCGCUUAUCCGGCCUUUGCGUGUGGGUCUGGUUAUGUUAUUUCCAAAGACAUUGUAGAAUGGCUUGCAAGCAACUCAGAUAGACUAAAGAUAUAUCAGGGUGAAGAUGUGAGUAUGGGUAUUUGGAUGGCAGCCAUUGGGCCAAAACGGUAUCAGGACAAUCUCUGGUUGUGUGAGAAGACAUGCGAGAGUGGUAUGCUAUCAUCUCCUCAGUAUUCCCCAGAAGAACUUACAGAACUCUGGAUAAUAAAGGAACGUUGUGGAGAUCCCUGCAAAUGUGAAGAAAGGUGAAGGCUUGUUGGUUCCCCCUCACAACAACCAAACAUUAUGGGUAACUGGAGCUUUCAGUUACACAUUUGAAGAGAAGGGAAUGCUUCAAAAACAGCUUUUUACAAAAGAAUUUCCACAUUUCCCCUUGCAGCUUGUGGGACAAGAGUAUACACUAGUGAUUGUGUAUGCUCCAAACCCUCUGUUAUGUGCCAUGAAAAGGGACACUUAACUACACAUGGGACUGUAACAGUCUUCACAGAAGACUUUCAUGUAGGCAAUUUGUCUUGUGUAAAAUGGCCCCUUAGAGCAGUGUUUUGCACAUUCCUUCCCCCCCCUUAUUUUUAGUAAAAGGCAUACUUUCCAUUUUGAAUGCAUUCUGCAGUAGUUUUACAAGGCCAAAUAUGAAAUUUCAUUCCUUAGCAAAUUACACAAGGUGAUAAUUUUUUAUACACAAAAUGUAUGAGAUCACAUUUUGAGGACUUGAAGUUACUGUUACAAAAUGUAAUAAUGAGGACUUGUGAGCAAGAUUUGUUGGCUAAGGCAGAUCUCCAUUAUGUGAAGACUGCUUAGUCUUGUGGAAUCAAAAGUUACUUUACUGUCAGAAGCAGAAACUUAAUGUAAGUCUGUGUUUCAAAUGAUGUAAGGAGAGGAGCAGGAAGUACUACACCAGUAUUUCCACCACGAGGCAAGAGUAUAUGACUGGCUGUAAACAAAAGUGUUGAAUGCAACAAACUGCAUGUCCUUUCUCCAUGGAGUAGAAGGCAUGCAGAAUGCUAAAUAAUAAGCAUUUUUAUCUUCCUGAAUCAAUGUUAUGCCUGGUAGUCGUGUGCCACUGGGGUGGGUGGGCAAUGAGAAUACCUCAGCUUUUAAUUAUGUAGAUUUUUGUUGUGAUUUUCUGUAUAAUGGGAAAUAGAACAGUUUGUUAAGAGUUUCCCUGACACAAGUUAGCAGUGUAGCACAAACCAUGGAUUAAAUUUACUCCAAUUAAUUUGGGCUGGAUCUACAUCGCCAUAUAAUUCAGUUCAUGCAGUUAAUCUGCAUUCUGAAACUGGAUUCUGUGGCAAUGUAGAUCCAGCCAUGGUUAAAGUUCCCCCUUCUCAAAAAAGAGGCAAAGCACUAUUUUUAAAGAGAACAUUUAUUAACAGAAAGUGCAGAUUCUAAUGAUUUGCCAGAUAAAUAGCUUUCCAUCUUUUUCCAAAGUUCUUCCAAAUAAUCUUUAAAACUUAAUGAGAGAGGUUCUGCUAGCAACAUACAACUACUCUAUAUAAAAAAGCAUUGAAGCUGUUACCAUCGUACUAGGAUGCAAUCUUCAUUUUCAAUAGAGUAAAACUGCAAAGGCUUUAGGUCAUUGUCCAGUUCAAAUUCUUUGCCUUUCAUCUAGGAUAAGAAAAGAUUUAGACAGGCAUUAGAGCUACACAUUUCAGUCUUCUAUACUUUUAGAAAGAAAAUACAUAUUAGAAUCAAGCCACCACUAUUCAAAGGAAACUAAAUAGUAUCCCAAAUUAUGGUACAAACAUUGUCCUUUGAAGAAACCAAUUUAUUCAAUAGAGUUAGAGUACAAUAUUGACUUUUAAGAGUGCGAUAUGCUUUAUUACUCUGAAUUAAGUAUGAACCUAUAAAAGACUGCAUUAUUGUGUUUGAGCUUACUUUAGAACUUUCAUAGGAUAGUUUCAGUUUUGAACCUGGGAUUUUAAGUAGCCGAUACAGUAAUCCUUUGACCUUCUGAACAGUCAUAGAAUCUGUACAGGGGAAAAAAAGUUUAAUUCCAGUUACCAUCUGAGCAUUUUUAUUACAUAUUAAAUUCCACCAAACACUGAUGUCAAAGUAGAUUUGUCUGGAUUGAGUUCAUUCAGCUGAAGAUGCAACUGCUAGUAUUAUCUCAAUGCGUCAUUAAGGUAUUAAUGUAUGAAGUAACCACCUAUAAACCAAAUUGGAGAUUUACAUUUUAGGAAUAUAACAGACUGACUGACCUAAGUGACCUUCAAGACAUAGUUUAUUGAGUUUGCUGUUUUGUAUUCUGACAGUAUAUAAAUAACGCCCCUCCUUUUGCAGAAAAUGAAUGUCAUUCUGGGACUUCAUAUCAUGAGGCUCCAAACUUGCAUAUGCUAAAUAGCUCCAGAGUACCACUAGCUUUAUGCACUUAUAUUAUGAACCAAUACAUAUGAACAUGAAGGUGUAUUUUUGUAGAUUUGAAGGAGAACAUUAUUCUAAAUUUGAACAAUACAAGAUAGUUAUUCUGGGUAAUUUCCCCUCUGUUUCAUUUAAAGCUUUAUCUAAAGGCACAGCAAUAGUGAGUUACUCCUCUAUUGUCACAAAGUGUACGUAGAAAAAUAUUUUUCUAUUAACUUUUCAAAAAAGCUGUAUCAUUUUAUGCAACUUGUGACAAAUGUGAUUUUUAUUUUAGAAUAAAUACUUUUCAAAACAUUUA